UUGUGCAGCAGAACAACAUCGUCACAGCGGUCAGCCGUCAGCCAUUACCAUUAAUAUUUUCGCUGUUGAAGAGGAAAGUUCCUUACAAUCAACACGGAGACAUGCACGAGGUAUUAGUUCAAGGAUCAGGCUUGACGCGAGACGACGAGAUGCACAAGACUUCAGAAUUGAGUUCGAGCGUGCCAGCGUUCCUUGCCAAGCUUUGGAAGAUGGUCGAGGACCCAAAAACCAACAACCUUAUUUCGUGGUCAUCCAAUGGAAGAAGUUUCUUCAUUAGAAAUCAAGCAAAGUUUACAUCGGAAUUGUUACCACACUAUUACAAACAUAAUAAUAUGGCCAGUUUUAUACGACAGUUGAAUAUGUAUGGAUUUCACAAGAAGGUAUCUGUAGAACUGGGUGGCCUAAAAUGUGAUAAAGAUGAAAUAGAGUUUGCACAUCAGUACUUCUGCAAAGAGCAUCCUUAUUUACUGGAGCAUAUUAAAAGAAAAGUUGCAUCUAACAAAAAUCAAGAUGGAACACAUCCUGCUAUCAAACCAGAACUAGUGAGCAAGAUGAUAGCUGAAGUAAGAAACAUGAAGGGUCGUCAAGAAAAUAUGGAUUCUACAAUAAAUGAAAUGAAACUCGAAAAUGCAACAUUGUGGAGAGAAUUAGCGUUGUUGAGACAAAAACAUAUAAAACAGCAACAGAUUAUUAACAAACUAAUUCAGUUUCUUGUUACUCUUGUACAACCAUCCAGAAGUGGUCUAUCUGUUAAGAGACGAUAUCCAUUAAUGAUAAAUGACUCAGGUCGUUCACAUAAACAAAGCAAAUUGUCCAAGUCACAAGAAUGUCCUAUAGGACCAGUAAUUCAUGAAGUAAUUGAUACAUCAGACGUGGAUUCUGACUACAUUGCUGCUGAGUUGCUAGAAAAUGAAACUCCAACUGUUAAAAGUCCAGAAGAACAUAUUGAAAUAUCGACAGAUGCUGAAGAUAUAGAAACUGUUCAAUUACAUAAAAAUUUUGCUAAGAAUCCUAAGAUUGAGAUAAAGAAGAAACGUGUUUGCAAGGGUAAAAAGAAGAGGAAAAACAAGGUUCCUAUCAGAAUUUUGAUUCCAUCAACGGAAAACGGAGAAAAGCCAAGGUUAACUUAAUUUUUGUCUUGUUAUCAUUUGGUAUUGGUGUUCUA